CUCAUUUAUAUUUCUCCCACUUCAAUGAUUCAAUGAUUCAAAGACUCAAUUGGCAGACAAAAUUAUACGUCAGGCUACUAUAUAGGAUCUGAAACUCCUGCAAAAAUACAGCGGCCGUUCCGCGCCUAUAUAAGCUCUACUACCCACAUCAACUACUCUAACGGCACGAUGGGAUUUGCCACUGGCUUCACCAGCGGCGUAACUCUUACUCUCGGAAUUGCCUACCUCACCGUCCUUGCACACGAGCGCAACCGCAACGCGCAAGGCGCAAACCUACGCACUCAAUCCUCCCUCCUCAACACCCUGCUCCUCUCCGACCCGAGCCUCGCCUACUCCGCCCCCGACCUGGAGACCGGACGCACGAGCCGCGCGACGCUCGUCGAGACGGCCAAGGACCGCUGGAACGCGGAGAUCCAGAACGCGGUGCGCUGGGUGCAGGGCGCCGAGUGGGGCAACGUGAAGGAAGGGAUGGAGGGUGCGGUUGCUAAGGCGCUGGGCACGGGCCUGGAGAAGUCGAGGGAGGAGAUUCAGCUUGCGGAGGAUAAGGCGGGGCCAAUUGCUAGGGAGGCGAUUGAGAGGUCUAGACAGGGCGCAAAGAUGGGCUUUGAUGGCUCGAGGGUUGCCGCUGAGAGGGCGGCAUCGAGGGCGCUGAGUGCGACGAGCGAGAGGGAGUUGAAGUUUGAGGGGAAGACUGAGCAUGGGUUGGAGAAUGCGAGUGCGACCGCGAAGGAGGUGUGGAAGAAGGGCGUGGAGAAGUCGCAUGAAGUUGCGGAGCAGCUGAGACUCGGGGAAGAGUCUGUUGCCCACGCUGUAAGGCGUGAGUUGGAGAAAAGCGCCGAAGCGGCCCACGAGAUUGGCAAGAGAGAGGGCAUUUAUGGAGACAAGACAGAACACGGCCUCGAGAAUGCGGGGCUUGUGGCUAGGGAGGCCUGGAGAAAGGGUGUUGAAAAGGGACGUGAGAUCGAGAAAGGACUGAAGCUUACUGAGGCGGCGACCGAGAAUGCUGUGCGGGGCGCUGCACGCCACGGGGCUUCAAAGGCUGCGGAGGUUGCAGAAGGACUGAAGCUUACUGAGACGGCCAUCGAGAAUGCUGUGCGGGGCGCUGCACGCCACGAGGCUUCAAAGGCUGCGGAGGUUGCGGAAGGACUGAAGCUGACGGAAGAAAGCGUCGUUGGUGCAGUGAAGAGGACUGUCGGACGCGGCAAGGAGGUUGUGGAGAACGCCAUGGGGAGGACGAGUGGACACGAGGAGGCAGAUGGGUUGACAGAUGUGCAGAGGGCCUUGAAGCAAAGGUACGACGCAGCCUCCCCGCUGAACAAGUCAGUCAGGGAGGCGUUGGCGGAGAGAUAUAAGCCAGUUGACCAGAAGUCGAAUUCGAACUUGAGAGGUCUAUGAUUUGUCACGCGGUAAGAAUGUAUAACAACGUUACUUGAAUUCAAGUUUAUCAAUGAU